GAAACCGACGCCGCUCGGCCGCAGCCUCGCCCGGCCCGGAGGGGGAGCUCGGCGGGGGAGGGAGGGAUUUGCAGGCCGACCGACCGACGGGCAGAGGCUCCCUCCGUCCGAACCCGGAAGCGCGCCUCGGGCCGUGGGCGGGGAGGUCGGACGGUGGCCGGCCGUGGCCAAACUUGCCCGCCAUGCGCGGCUUCGCCCUGGAGCAGCAGAAGCGCCUGGCCGCCAACCUGGUCCGCGUCCUCGCGCUCUACCGGCCGUUGACCGACGCCUACGUCAUCGAGUUCUUCAGCGACGACCUCUGGGGGCGCCUCCCCCGCGGCUGGCAGGCGGCGCUGGGCGAGCUCUCCCCGCCGGAGGUGGCGGCGCUGCUGCUGCGGAGGGGCCGCCCGGGCGAGCUGUGGCCGCUCUCGCUGCUGGCCUUCCGCGCCGCCGCCCACGCCCUGCCCUUCCCCCGCCGCCCCGCCGCCGCCCGCGAGCCCCCGCUGCCGCCCCGCUUCCGCAGGCACCUGCGGCCCAAGAAGCAGCACGAGGUCCGGCGGCUGGCGCAGGUGCUGAAGCGGCUGAGCGAGCUGACCGGGUGCCGCCGGGUGGUGGACGUGGGCGCCGGGCAGGGCCACCUCGCCCGCUUCCUGGCCUUCGGGCUGCGGCUCUCGGUCACGGCCGUGGAGGGAGACGCCCGGCUGGUGGCUCAGGCUGCCAAGUUUGACCGGGCGCUGGCUCUGGAGCUGGAGAAAGAGCAGGCCAGGCGGCAGGCUCCAGACACCCCCCGUGUCCAGGGGCCGAGCCACGUGGUGGGCUGGGUCAGUCCGGGCGCUCCGUGGCCGGAGUUCGUGGAGCUGCUACGCUCGGGGAAGGCUGCAGGAGAUGGGAGUUCAGCCUCUGGCCGCCCACCCGCCGAGCCUUGUGAGCCGAGGGAAACUGAGGCUAGAAAGGGAGGUGCAGACCGUGGGGGGGAUGGGCCAGAGUCCCUGGAGCAGAACCCAUCAACUCACCUGCAAGCACAGGAACCCCAGGGGGCGCUUUUGCUCACUGGCCUGCAUGCCUGUGGGGACCUCAGUGCGACCCUCCUCCGGCUCUUUGUGGCCUGUCCUGACAUUGUGGGCAUCACUUCGGUGUCCUGCUGCUACAUGAAGCUGAGCACCGGAGAGGACGCCCAGCCCGGCUACCCCCUGAGCGACUGGGUGGCUGGUCUGCCCGGCCACCGGCUCUCCUACAAGGCCCGGGAAGGGGCCUGCCAUGCCAUGGAGGACUACAUUCUGCGGCUGGAGCACGACAGUCCUUCGCUGAAGACGCACUGCUACCGGGCCAGGCUGGAGACCCUGAUCCGGGCCAUCGAUCCCACCAAGAAACGCCUUGCGGUACAGGCCAUUCCCAAGACCCACAAGAUGACUUUUGAGCAGUAUGCUCGCCGGGGACUGGAGCGUGUUGGGAUGAGCCCCAGUGGGCCCCUGGAGCCAGCGUCUCCGGCUCAGCAGCGGCGGGUGGUGGUCUUCUUCAGCCUUGCUCUCCUGCUGGCCCCCUUGGUGGAGACCCUUAUUCUCCUUGAUCGGAUGAUUUACCUGCAGGAGCAAGGUUUCCCCUGCGAGCUCGUCCCUCUCUUCAACCCAGCGCUCUCCGCCAGGAACCUGGUGCUGGUGGCUGCCAAGAAGGUGCCGCCCUCCGACCUCUGGGGCCUGGCCGCAGGAGACUGAGGAGGCUCCUGCCCUAGAUGGGCCUUUUCGGUGUCUGAUGCAGAAGCAGCAAAAGGACUUGGCCUUAUCAUCCCCCGGAGUGUCCCGUUACACCCCAGCCGAGCAAGCCCAUGGACCUUUUGGAGGAGGAUGAGGGAGCAGGCCAUAAUGUUUGUGUCUCUCCCGUCUGUUGUGCAUUUGUAAUGACAGUACACUUGUUUUUCUAUUAAGGGAUAUUUAUUGUUGGUUUUUGAUAAAAGAGGGCCCGUGAA